GCGGAGCCGGGCUUGGGCUGAACAUUGGCCCCUACUGGACUGCCGGGACGAAGCCGCGUAAGUUGCAGACCGGACCGGACGGCUGCAGCGCUGACGUGGUUCCCGGAAGUGGGGUUGGCGCAGGGUCGCCAUGUUGUCUCAGGACAGCAAUGAUGACACUGAAGAUGUUUCAUUGUUUGAUGCAGAAGAAGAGACAACUAAUAGACCAAGAAAAUCAAAAAUCCGACAUCCAGUGGCAUCAUUUUUCCAUUUGUUCUUCCGAGUCAGUGCCAUUAUAGUCUAUCUUCUCUGUGAAUUGCUCAGUAGCAGCUUUAUUGCCUGUAUGGUGACAAUUAUCUUGUUGUUGUCAUGUGACUUUUGGGCAGUAAAGAAUGUCACAGGUAGACUGAUGGUUGGCCUUCGAUGGUGGAAUCAUAUUGAUGAGGAUGGAAAGAGUCAUUGGGUGUUUGAAUCCAGAAAGGCAUCUCCUCAGGAGAAUAAAACUGUUUCAGAGGCUGAAUCAAGAAUCUUUUGGUUAGGACUGAUUGCCUGUCCAGUGCUGUGGGUGAUAUUUGCCUUUAGUGCUCUCUUCUCCUUCAGAGUAAAGUGGUUGGCUGUUGUUAUCAUGGGUGUGGUGUUACAGGGUGCCAACCUGUAUGGUUACAUCAGGUGCAAAGUGGGCAGCCGGAAGAAUUUAACCAGCAUGGCUACCUCGUAUCUUGGAAAGCAGUUUUUAAAACAAAACACCGGAGAUGAGCAGACUUCUUGAAUAAAGAGAAAGCUUAUGUAUCCUGUGAUAUUGGGAAAUGGCUGAAGAGAUUCUUGAUUAUGAACUGUUUAUAGCUCAGUCCAGUUGCAAAGAGAAUCAUUGGUUCUUUUGUUUGUUUUGUUUUUGUUUGUUUUCACUGAGAAAGUUACUAUGAAAACUUUUUCUAAAAAAAUUUUAUUUUCUUUUUCUAGUAGUUGAGACUGGGAAGUAUGGUAUCACUAGAAACAUUGUCAGAAUUUAUUUUAUGGUGUACAUAUGUAUGCAUAGUAAUGUAUCAGUAUAUCCCAAAUUAAUGUGUUCAUUUACAUAAUGUUAGAGAUGUUUGUAAUUUGAUCCAUAGAACAGGAUAUUCUUAGUCUAUCUCAGAGGUAUGUGUGUUUACAUACUAUUUCUGUAGGUUAUCUUCAGAAGUAAGUUGAUUCCAUGGUUAAGAGUAAGCACUUAGCUUGUGUAUGAGUUAGAAAAGUUAGAAAAUAUUGUUAAUUUUUAAUAUAUACUUCAUGUUGAAAUUGCUUACCUUAGACAUGCACAAGUGAAAACCAAAUUCAGGCUGGUAGUGUUAACUAGUUUCUAAAAUUUUCUUUUAUUUUUAUACUUACUGAAGGCCUCAAUAAUAAAUGGAAUCUUUAUGUUUAAAGGAUACCCAGGGAUUGCUGCUGUUCUAUUUAUUUCAUGGAAAGGAUAGCCAGAUUUUAUUUUGGAAAUUCCUGGAAAUUCUUCAGUGGUCUUUGGAUUAAUAAAAUCUUUUAUUACUAAAUAAAUAUUAUUCUUAUGUCAUAGUAAGAAUAAUCAUUUAAAUACUUGGCAUAGUAAAUGCCUAAAAGACAUUUUAUUUUAUGAAUCUAUUUUUUUCUUGCUAUAAUGGGGAUAUUGUAAAUCUUACAUUUGUAUUAAUAAUAUUUCUCAAGGCAAUAUAUGUAACUGUAAACUAAACCAAUCUACAAAUUAUCGUAGGCAUCUGAAAAUUCUGUAGUAUGUACUGGAAACUUUGUUGGAGUCUUUUAAUCAGCAGAUUAUGUUGUGAGUGUGUUUGUACAUUGUUAAAAUAUUUUUAAAGAUGUUUUGUUUUAGUUAAAUAAAUGUCUUUGUUGGA